AUGUUAAGGAAUGUAAAUGUCGAUUUAUAUCAUUUAAAAAAAAUUCAUUUAAAUGUUGAAGAAGCAAUUGUUCAAGGUGUUGAUCCAAUUAAAUCCUAUUAUAUGCAAAAACUUGAAGAAAUUCAUUUAUUUGAACGUCCAUUUCUUAAUGUUCAUUGUGCAUAUAUAAAACAAUUAGAUAAAAUAAUGUAUCAUCAAUUAAUUGCAUAUUCGCAAGAAGUUAUACCUCUAUUUGAUAUUGCUGUUAAUAAAUUAUUUUUUACAAUUUAUGAAGAUGAUACACUUCCACAUCAAAUUCAAGUACAAUCAUAUAAUGUUGAUAUAUUUAGAAAUAUAUGUUGUCAUGAUCCAGAAGAUAUUGAUAAAUUAGUUAGUCUAACAGGCAUGGUUAUACGAUCAUUAUGA